AUAAUAAACGGCAAAUAAUUAGUAAUUACCCCCAGCUGCGAUCACGGAGGCUCGUUAACUGAUUCAGCCAAUCAGAAUUAGGGUGACGGUUAUGUCAGUUAGGGUUAGCAAACAUGGCUUCCUGUGUGAGAGCUAAAGCUCAGAAAGGCCUGUGCAGGGAAGUUGGCAACACAGAGAACAUCAAGCUCUCACAGAUGGCAGCCAAGAGUGAAGGGGGAAGCUUUGGCAGCCAGGCUGAGCAGACAGAAAGCACUUACCUAAUGCCUUGGUUUUAACAUUGUUUUAUCGGCAUGGGGUCAGUUGUUGGUCUCAAGAUGAAAUGUCCUUCAGCACCCGUCUGUCAGAGCAGCGCUUUUCAGAGGCAAGGCAGAGGAAGGACAGCUGUCAAAACUGAUUAGAGGCGCUGAGUGGCGAGAUACAGGUGAGGGAAGAAAGCACAUUUUGCACAAGAUGUCAGGAUUGGACCACGCUGUGUUGCAGUCCUCAGUGGGAGACAUCUGCUGGCCCAAGAUGAGGAAAUAGACUCAAUCUGCAAGCUUGGACAGCAGGCCCCUAAACGUGGGCGCCGGGUCACAAUGAUCCUCUGUGCCCCCGACGUAUGGCAUCCUGGCACUGAUGUGGUCCUGGAAAAUUCUCAGGAUGAACAGCCAUGCCAAAAGCCUUCAACCAAAACCCUGGGAUGGCGUCCUCUGGGGCUCACGCUUGAUGAUUCUGGUACCCGGUCUGCAAAACGCUGAAAGAGAGAUGGCUCAAAGGUCAGCCAACCUCUGAGCCCCUCUCCUCCUCCUCCUCCUCCUCCUCCUCCUCCUCCUCCUCCUGCCGCAUUCCUCCCUUCAUUUUCCUCGUAAAUCCCACUGCGGUCCCAGGAGGGCCGUAACACAGGGAAAACCCUUUCCCCACCAGGCAUGGCUGUCCCUGGUCAAGCGCCGCAGUGACACAAGAGAGGCCGGGCUGUCUGUCAUCCUGUCUGCAGCCACACAGCACACCCAGCACCGGCCGUCUGACCACACCGCAGCUGUGAUACAAUCUCGGGUUCUCGGUGUGGUUUCCGAGCAGAUGGACGGAGCGGCCAAGGAGACAAAAAGAAACGAGUGGACAGAGGAGGAGAAAGUGCAGUGGGCUUCUUGUCACUUCCCCUGUAGUCUAAGUUGCACUCCCUUUUUUUUCCCAGCUCCUCAGCAGUAGCGGAGCGGUAACGGGAGGAACAGGCCGGAUUCCAGGACACAAGAAUGACCCCUUGCCAUUUUGACCUUUUCCUGCUCGUGAGGCUGUUCGUGUUGACAGCACCCUGGUGGGGGGAGGGUAAACAAACGAGCCAUAUGGAAAAGAACUGCAGGGAAUCACUAUUACAGGUAUCUGUACAACCACUGCCCGGGCCCAGAGUGGAACGUUAUGUGCAGAGGCUGCUGUGAAUAUGACGUGAUCCGCUGUAAAUGCCCCCUGCAGGGGACUCCAGUGGGCUACGCAGUGCCCUGCUGCCGCAACGCCAUUAAUGAGUGUGACCCCUGCAUCAUCCAUCCAGGUUGCAGUAUAUUUGAGAACUGUAGGCGCUGUAACAACGGGACAUGGGGCCCCAGGGAUGACUUCUUCAUUAGUGGAAAAUACUGCGCUGAGUGUCGGCCCGGCUGGUCUGGCGGAGAUUGCAUGAAGUGUGGGGGAGUGAUCCGAAAACGGCAGGGCCACGUGGUGCUGGAGAGUUACCCCAACAAUGCUCGGUGUGAGUGGACCAUACAGGUGGACCGUCCCUUCACCAUUGACCUCAGGUUUAUGAUGCUGAGUAUGGAAUAUCACUCCUCUUGUCGUUACGACUACGUGGAGGUCCGAGAUGGCGACAGCAUCAACUCACGCGUCAUCGGUCGAUUCUGUGGGAACAACAGACCCGCCCCGGUCCAGAGCUCUGGAAACAGUCUGCACAUACUCUUCGUGUCUGAUGGUUACAAGAACUUUGACGGAUUCUUUGCGACUUUCCAGGAGAGCUCAGCUUGCAGCUCCUCUCCCUGCCUGCAUGAUGGGACUUGUGUCCUGGACAGUUCUUAUACAUACCACUGCGCCUGUCUGGCUGGCUACACGGGCAAGAGGUGUGAGAAUGUGGUGGGAUGCCACAGGCCUCCAGUGCCCACCCAUGGAUCCACGGAGGGUUUGUUCCAUCACUCGGGGGCUCGCAUCACUUUCCGCUGCGACCCUGGCUUUGAACUGCGAGGGUUGCGUUCUGCCAUCUGCCUGAGUGACGGCACAUGGAGUGCCUCUGCACCAAAGUGCGUGCCAGUGGAAAGAGUAUGCAGUUUGCCACCCAAGCCGACACAUGGCGACCAUUUCUUGGUCUAUGGACCAAACGAUGUCCUCAUCGCUUUACAGUAUAUGUGCAACCAGCCCUACGAACUCAGUGGGAACUCCCAGAGAACCUGCCUCCCAAACAACACCUGGAGUGGGACGCCUCCUGUUUGCACCCAAGUGAAUAAUACUCUCACUGAGGCAGAAAAGGGCAAAGACAAGGCAAAAGAGACAGACACAGAUAAAUACACAGACAAAGAUAUCAGCAAAACUAAAGAGAAAGGUCAAGAGAACACAGCUGGAGAAAAAGAAAGUGUUGGAGGGGGAGAUAUAAACACCGGGCAAGAGAAUGCAACAGCAGUCGACAGAGAAGAUAAAUAUACUGAUACCAUUCCAGAGAAAACUUCGUCUGAGGGCAGGAACGAUGGAGAGCCAGAGGAAGGAAAUACUGGGUCAGAGAAGCCCAGUGGAGGCAGCAAUGACAAAGUGGAUAGUCAAGGCCCAGACAACAGCCUGAAUACAGUUGAGAAGAAAGAACCUGAGGUAGCAAAGCCACCCGAGAAAGAAGAAGAAGGCAACCAAGACACAAACUUGGAGAUAGGAAAGACAGAUGUCACAGAAAUCGUUGUGAUAAAAGACAAAGGACAAGAAGAGAAGGAAAGAAAAGAGGAGCAGGUGAAUGGAAAACGAGAUCCGGAUAAAGUCGGCCCUAACGAUACCAAGCUGAGGCCGGCCAUAACUGAGGGCGACAACACAGUGGAGAUAUUUGAAAAGGAAAUGACAAAGAACGACACAGUUACAUAUGAUACGAAAGACACAAAGAAAGAAAACAAUAGCAUAGAUUCUCCAGAGGCUGGGAGGAAAAUCAUCCCCACUAGAGUCAACAUCACACAGUACACCAUGUACAGAGCGGGAGGUGAGGAAAGCGGGAAGCCAAAGGAAAAACCAACAAUUCAUGGGGACAACACAGAUGAGGAUUCUGCUGAGAAAACAAAGGAGGAGCUGGAGAGGGAGCGGGAGGAGAAGGAAAAAGAAAAGGAGAAAGAAGUCAACCAAAGCUUCACUGAGAAAAGCUGCCCUCCUCUCCCUCGCCUCUACCAUGGCUACCACCAGAAGCUGCCCGGGGUGGAGCCUGAAACAGUGGAGUUCUUCUGUAACCACUCCUACGCUGUCAGCGGUGACGCCCGACGAACCUGCCAGCCAGAUGGUACCUGGAGUGGCAAACAGCCCCUCUGUGUCAGAGCCUGCCGGGAGCCCAAAGUGUCAGAGCUGGUUAGACAGAGAGUCCUUCCACCUCAGGCACCGUCCAGAAAGACACCUGUGCACAAGCUGUACUCCUCUCAGCGCGGCCAGCAGCUCCAGUCUGUCGGACCCACUAAAGCCCCUGUAGCUCUUUCCCAGCUGCCCCAGGGCUUCCACCACCUUUACACACAUAUAGAGUACGAGUGCGCCUCUCAGUUCUACCAACACUCUGGCAGCUCCCGCCGCACUUGCUUGAAGACCGGGAAAUGGAGCGGGCUUCAUGUGUCCUGUUCACCAGUGUGUGGGAAGCACCCCACCUUUGACCCGGAGAGGCCAGCCGAGGCUCACUGGCCUUGGCUGGCAGCCAUCUACCGUCGCUCCACCAACGGAGCUGAGACAAAGGUGACCAAGGCAGACAGCCAGGCAGGGUCCCUGAAGAGGGACAGUGGAGUAGGAACUGGCAACCUCAAUCAGGCUUCUGACUGGCAGUUGGUGUGCAGCGGGGCUCUGGUGAACCAAAGGAGUGUGGUUGUUGCAGCCCACUGUGUGACGGAGCUGGGGAAGGUGUAUCCCCUGGAUGCAGCCAAGAUCAAGGUGGUGGUGGGGAAGCACUACCGUGACGACAGCAGGGACAGUAAAGGUCUGCAGCACCUGAGGGUGGCCUCCAUCGCCAUUCAUACAAAUUACGACCCCAAUAUUCUCGACUCUGACAUCGCCGUGGUCAAGUUACUGGACAAAGCACGGAUCGGGGAGAAAGUGACGCCCCUCUGCAUCUCAGACAGCCAGGGAGACGAGGUAACCUCAGGACAAGGGCUGGUGACAGGCUGGUCUCCACUGACCGAUGCAAGUUUGGGUCCCGAUGAGAGGGCGAGGGUCGGGCACGUUCGCCUUGCGGACGUGGUCCCAUGUGAGCAGCAGUAUGCUCGUAACGGCGUGCCCGUCAGCGUCACAGACAAUAUGCUCUGUGCCAGCCAGAAGCCCGACUAUGUGCCCUCGAACAUUUGUCCGUCUGACACUGGGGGAAUCCUCGUCCUCCCGGCCCUCUCUGAGGACCAAACCACCAACAACCAGAGGCACAAAGGGUUGUGGAGACUCUUGGGACUGGUGAGCUUUGGCUAUGACCAAGGGGAGUGUAAUCCUGAUCUCUACACCGUCUACACACAUGUAGCCAACUUUAAAGACUGGAUACAGAGCAAUAUGAAAUAAAAGUCCUACUGUGUGGCUCAUCUUGGCUUCUAAGCUAUUUAAAAGCCUUCAUAUCUUACAAUCCUCUCCCUUAUCUCUUUUUCUCAGUCUCAUUGCACAAGGGCAUUUUUCUUACUCAAUGCAGAAGCACUGUAAACAUUGGACAGCACAGUGAUCCAACUGAAGGGGGUGCUAACACAUUAGAUGUGCUGGGCGUCAACCUUUCAUGAGAAGACUUCAGUGUUCAGGUCCCUCAGGCUGAGGUAACAGACUUGAAAAUGACCAGAAAACCAUUUCACGAUGGUUUGAAUUGUACUCAUUGGUAUGUAUAUAUGUUGUAACGUGCUGAAUUAUUCGGUCAAUUCAUACGACGAUAGAGAUGUACAUAUUGUGUUCGAAAAAUCAUGACGUUUUUAAUUAAAGAAAAUGCGGGUG